UCCCUGAAGGCUGAGGACCCCUUCUUUCGCCAAAUCUUUCUUACUAUUAUGUUUAGAACUGUAAUUUGCUUGAGUUUCUUCUGCCUUGUUUGAUUUGCAUAUCUAGACUACGUCUUAUCCCUUCUAUUUCAUUUCUAAUUUGUUCUGUGGGUUAAAAAUGGUUAGUGGCUUAGCGCCUCUCCCAUGUUUGUUGAAGUGCAAUCACUAAGCAAUUUGCCUCCCUUGAGUUUCUUGUUCUGCUGUUCAGCAAUAAUCCGAAAAAAGUUUUAAUUUUUAGUUAUUUGGAAAGGGGUUGUUUUCUGAAAUUUGCCACAUGGGUAGAAUUGGGUACGAAAAAGCCCGAUUUUAAGAAGCUUCAAAUAUAGUUUCCGGAGUUUUUCUCGAUCUGGGCUUCCGAAAAAUAGCCUUCUCAGCUACUUCAUUCGAAACUCUUCUUAUUCCUUCGCAUACCUCAAGCCGCAGCCGCAAAGAGCCGGAGAGCUCCCGUUCUUCUUCGUGGAUCUCACACAGAUUACUUUGCUCUCAAACAGAUUGACAAGGGGUAUACGUGGAGGUUUGUCUCUAGUUCUGGUUUAGCUAGGGUACAAGAAGCAUUUAUGGUUGAAAAACAGAUUUCAGAGUUCAAAGGAAGCCAAUAGUUGCAGUUUUACUUCUAGAGGUGCUACAGAAACCAAAAGAAAAAUUCAAGUGCAACUAGCUGCUUUUACUUAAAGAUGGCACACUAUUAUGAUAUUGAUGACAUUAUUAUGGAGGGCGAGCUCAUUUCGGUUUCUUUUCACGUAGCAGCUAAUGGAGUUGGACUUGACCCUGGCUCAGAAACAAAUUGUGUUGAACAAGGUUCAAAGGUAGAAUUGCCUUUCUGGCUAGCCCAUGAGUUGCACCAGAGACAAGCAGUAUCAAUUAAUGUGCCCGCCUGUUUCAAUCAAAAAACAAGGAAGGAAAUCCAGGCAGAUGCUGCAUGUGUGGAUCUAAGGAAUAGAUGCCUCUAUUUCUAUGAGUUAGGAUGCAAGAUUGCACCCAUGGUUGGUGAUAGAACUAUUGGGUCCUUCCUCCUGUAUACAUUUACAUGCAGAUACAAGGAAGUUCUGAGCAAGGCACAUAGUUCAGCAUUUGUAGUGGCUCCCAAGUUUUUGACACUUCUUACAAAAGAAGAAACACAAUUGUAUGAAGCAGCUAGAUCUUCAAUGGCAGCAUUUAGAAAAUGGCGUCUUGGCGGGCCAAGAUUUGAGAAAGCAUCCAUCCUUGGGAAGAAGAGGAAACCUAAUGAUUAGGUGGUAGCACUGACUAUGCAAACCAUCCUUGUUCCUUUGUGGCAACCAUUGUAUGGUUUUAAUAUUUUUCUCACACUUGUGGUAACCAUUGUAUGAUAGCAGUUGUGGUUCUAAUAAAGGAUCAUCAGUUCUUUGUUUUUGCA